AUGGAGAUGCAGUCACUAUUGGAGGAGAUGCUUGAUGAAGAGGAAGAGGGAAGAUGUACUCUGGCUUCCUCCUCUCCUUUACCCCCAACUUGCCACUGGUGCCUUCACUGGCCAAACCUAGAAGGAAGCCAGAGCACCCCAGAGCCUGAGAAAGGCAGCCUCCAGGCCAGCCCCGGCCCUCCAGGGCAGAGCAGGGGCCAGAGGCAAACAGACCCAGGGCUGGCACACUCACAGUGGGGUGAAGAUGCAGAAGAUGAAGCGCCCGUGGAGUCGGAUGAUGGCAUCGUGAGAACCACAGUGCAACCAGCAGCAAAAAACAACCAAGAAGGAAACAUCAGCACCGCAGUCCAAAGACCUCCAGUGCAGUGUGAAGGCCACACGUCCAGUGUGGAAAAACGAUCUGGGAAGGGGCAGGAGGGGAGGAAAGAGGCCGGCCAGCAGAGACAGGAGGCGGGCUUCCACUCAAAGAGCCCAACACUCCUGAGCUUCGAAGACCACCCCAUUGUCUCCCAGCAGCAGGAACAGGCUCCUGGAGUGCUGACGGUCAAACCCACCUCCCGGCCCACCUCCAGCCCCCUAGUCCCACCACACUAUUACUGCAACAGCUGCCAGGCCCUCUCUUGGUUCUGCACCAUGAGUUCAGCGUGGGCCACGGCAAUUUCAGGCAGGUCCGCAGCCGGCAGGCCCGGCGUCAAAGCCAGUCGCUGCCCCCGAAGGCAGAGGAGAGAGACGCGGAGAUCUGGGAAGGACCCACCCCCCGAAGCCAGGCUGCAAAGGCAGGGAACUGGGAGUUGUUGGAUCAGAAAAGGAAAAGAAAAGAAAAGGAAAGAAAAAAAAAGGCAGGGGGCGGGGGAAGCCACAGGAAAGUGGAGAAAGAGAAGGCAAAAAGAAAGCGCUGUGCAGCAGAGUUCCCAGGGGACUCAGCCCACCACACCUGGGCAGGGGGUCGGGAACAAAGCUGCGGCUUCAGGUCAGAAGUGCUCCGGGCGUUUCCGCGGAGGGCGCGCUCCCGGGAAGCCCGAGCGGGCUGGGGAUGCGGGGCGCGCGGGGCGCCGCUUACCUUCGCGGGGCCGCCCGCACGCACUUCCGGGGGCUGCGCGCGGGGGGCGCGGGCCGCGCUGGGGGCCCAGAGCGGGUCCCCGAGGUGAGACCGUGACCGAUCGGUGCCCGCGGCUUGGGCCGGAGCCGGCGCCUCGGGAGGAAGUCGCAGUGGAGGAGUCACCGGGGACCGCGCGCAGAGCGGCGUCCCGCCUCGGUGCUCACGGGCGCUCGCGCCGAGCCCCGCAGACGCCGGAGGAGCCCGCGGCAGUGAGAGGAAAAGAGAGUGACAUUUUACCUGCAUGAAGGAGGAGGAGGGGAUGCUGGGAGCACCAUUCAGAGUCUUCAGUGAACUCUUAACCGAAGAAGAAGGCCAGGGAAAAUAAGCACACGACGGGUCCCCGCAGUGUUCUGAUCACCUGCCCCACCCUUCUUAAAAUGCCCUGUGCCCAGAAGAGAUGAGAUAAUGAGGAACAAGCAUCAAUGAAGCAUGUCUUCAACCUAUUGUGACUUGGAGGCCUGUCUUUCCUUGAAUUAUUUCCUCGUGGCCCCUGGUCAGAAGACUAGAGUUUUAAAUACUUCUGGCUAAACCACUUUAUCUUCCUCCGGCUAAUAGAGUAGAAAUCAAAAUAUUUCUCUAGCCCGUUGCUGCUGCCCAAUACAAAGUUACCUCUGAUUAAUGACGGGUUUUAAAUCAAAACAUAUUCCCCAGUUAAAGUAUAAACAUAGCUGAGUGUAAAUUUUGCUUCUCUUUUUCCCCUUCAUUUUCCACAGGGAGAGUUUCAUGCCCAGGCUGACACCUCCUCUACUUUUUCAUCUUGGCCAACAAGGUUAAAUAAGCAUGAGCAGCACUUUAAUAAAUCAUUCACACAAAAUACUCUGUUACAACCAACAGGAAGCCACUGUAAAAACUAGAGGUUUCAAGCAUAAAAAAAUGAGGCAGUGGAACUGUGAAACAUGCCCAGUGAAAUGGCUAAUCAUUGAUCUUUAAGAAAAUGCAAGUGAGGUCCCUACCACAAAUAUGACCCUAAAUAGGUAAAUGUUUACUUUUACAUUGAAAAUACCAAAGAUUCUCAUAAAAUUGAGACAUCUAUGACCUAUUAAAAUUACUUCAUAUGUAGCAAAAUAUUAAGUCACAUUUUAAAGGAAUAAGAAAGACUAGAGUUCAAAACAAAGUAUAAACGUUGAAUUAAGGUAGCUCAACUAACAGAACGACUGAGCCCUGUCGCAGCAUUUGAUGCUCCUUUACGAGGCUGCCUGCAGCCCUGCCAGAUUCCUGACUUCUUUUCCGCAACUGCGAAAGGUGUGAGCUUGAGAAAUUCAUCAGGUGAUUUGUUCUGAAAGAUAAAUGGGCAAACAGAAGACAAAAUCUACCAAACUAUCCGUUUCCUUGAAGGGUGGGCACUAACUAGAACAGAUGGUUGUGAGAGUUCUGAACGCCUCACAGAGCAUUCACGUAAUCAGUUCUCUAAGUCAUGAAUUUCUUGGUAGCAAGUUCUGGAACACGGUGUCUUUACAGAACAGGUGUGUUAGAUCUAAUCAAACCGAAUGAAUGGCACUCUGUUCAUUACCCCAGUGCCCAACCUGGAGUGAAUUCCGCUCCUAAACUGGUACCUGCCACCGGCAGCCAGUCGGCCGCGUGUGUCUGGACACGGUUGAUGGGAGUUGAGAUCUACUUUGUUUUUGUUUUUCCAGGGGGGGUGGGGAUGGGGCAGUCUGACCGAGGAGUCUGAGAUUAUGGUCGCAACAGGAAGUGGGAUUACAAGGGAGGCACAGGGAUAAAUGAAAUUCUGAUUCAUUGGCUUUGCCAAAAGGUCCACAUUGGGAAUCCUUUAAAUUAGAUGGCAUGAUUAAUGUAUUUAUAAUACAAUGCUUUUGAUUUCUUUUUCAUGGUUCACUGUACUUCUCAGAAGCAUAGGGUUUACUUGUACAGUAGUCUUCUCUUAUUCGUGAUGUCACUUCAUGGUUUCAGCUAUUGGUGGCCAACCCAUGGCCAAAAUAUUAAAUGGAAAAUUCCAGAAGUAAACGGUGUACAAGUUUUAAAUGGUGGGCUGUACCGAGUAACAUGAUGAAUUUUUUCGCAGUCCCACUACUUCCCACCCAGGGCGUGAAUCACCACCUUGCCCAGCGUAUCCGGGCUGUGCACGCUCAUUGGCCCGUUAACCACUUAUUUAGUAGCCGCCAAAGCUUUCGGACUGCCUGUCUCACUACCCCAGUGCUUGUGCACAAGGAACCCUUAUUUUACUCAGUGAUCUCCCCAAGGGCAGGAGGAGGGAUGCUGCAAUUCGGAUAUGGGGAAAAGAAAUCAUAGAGGGCUUCCUGUAGGCAGAAAGGUGAGCACGGUGCAGUAAGAUUUUGAGAGAAAGACUUCACAUAACUUUUAUUACAGUACAUUGUGAUAUAACGGUUCCAUUAUAUUAUUAUUAGUUAUUGUCGUUAACCUUGUACUGUGCCUAAUUUAUAAACUAAACUUUGUCCUAGGUAUGUAUGUCUAGGAAAAGAGUUAGGUACUCUUUUUUGGGUAUAUAUAGAGUUAGGUACUACAUGAGGUUUCAGACAUCCACUGGGGGGUCUUGAAACAUAUCCCCCAAGGGUAAAAGGGGGGAACUACUGUAAUGAGAGGUACAGGGGACAGAGCUGCCACUCGGAUUUGUGACCUCAACCCUCCAUGCCCCGGGAGCACAUGGGAAGUUCUGUCAGGUCAGGGGGUAGUCUCUGGGCCUCAACCUCCUGCUUUCUGGACUUUUUUUAUUUGUUCAACUUCCUCAUUCUUGUCUUUGAUCUUUCCACUCCCUCCUUCCCCUUAACCUUGAACAUGUCAAAAUCCGCCCCAUUGUCUUACGCACAUGAAUAAGUUACUAUCAAAGAAGUCUUCCACAUUGUAUACCCAUUGAUAGAUUUGCCCCAUCUUUAUUUGUUUUCAUAACCAAACCUCAAACAAAUGGGUGCAUUUAUUAUCAUCACUUUCUUAAUUUCCACUCAGUCCUCAACUGACUGUAGUCUUCAAUAUGGAGGUAGAGUGAGGUUCAGGAAAAUACCAUACACCUGACUUGGGGAGAUCAGAGAGGUUGAGGACGGCCACUGAGAGUUAAUUUGCAUGUCUACAGCAACUUCGCUAGCUCCAUAGUUAUCGUAAAGACCUGUGCUGCCAGGGACAUGGGCCUGAUUUUCUGAAUGUAUCCUGGCUUGUGUCUUAGCCUGGGAGAUUACAGCACACACAUUAACCGUUAACUGGGAGGCAGUUCCCUGAUUACGGUGCCUGCUCAAGAGCUUGGUGGUGGUUUGCUCUGGGUCAUGGGGCCACGCCUGUCGGGACCAACAAUGGCAGCCAGAGAAAGGCAGAAGACACGCAGGACAGGGAGAUGUAGCCCACUGUGGAAGGAGUCAGAAAUGGGGUUACAGAGAGGCACUGGGAUUUAAACUCAAGCCCAGCAGCCAUUCUCUCCUUGGUCAUGGGGCUUGGGAAGGAGAAGGGCUCUGGGCCAUGCAGUCUGCAGUGAGAAGGGAGAAGUGAACGAGGAGCUUUGUCGUGUAUAGAGAGGAAGGAGGCCAUGCAGCCUGGACUGAUGAGAAAGGAGAUGCUGCUGCUGCUGCUGCUGCUGCUGCUGCUGCUGCUGCUGCUGCUACGAGCGUGCCUGCUGCAGCUGACUCCGGACCUGCAAAGGGCUUCCUUGAGAGAUCCUGACCGGCUGCACCUGGAUUUUACCUGGACUAUUAAGCCCUGUGCCUUUCCUGAGUUUCACCGUGAUCCGGAGUAACACAGAAUGUGCCAUUCUGAACUAUUAUACAGAGGCUCAUGGCAACA